AUGGCGAUACAUUUAUACAAAACUUCUACCCCGAGCACACGCAAUCGAACCGUAGACAGUCGAGUGAAAUCCAAUCCACGAAAUAAUUUGAUCUAUGGACAGCAUCGUUGUGGGAAAGGUCGUAAUGCCAGAGGAAUCAUUACCGCAGGGCAUAGAGGGGGAGGUCAUAAGCGUCUAUACCGUAAAAUAGAUUUUCGACGGAAUGAAAAAGACAUAUAUGGUAGAAUCGUAACCAUAGAAUACGACCCUAAUCGAAAUGCAUACAUCUGUCUCAUACACUAUGGGGAUGGUGAGAAGAGAUAUAUUUUACAUCCCAGAGGGGCUAUAAUUGGAGAUACCAUUGUUUCUGGUACAGAAGUUCCUAUAAAAAUGGGAAAUGCCCUACCUUUGAGGGUUUUGAUUGAUCAAAAAGAAGAAUCUACUUCAACCGAUAUGCCCUUAGGCACGGCCAUACAUAACAUAGAAAUCACACGUGGAAGGGGUGGACAAUUAGCUAGAGCAGCGGGUGCUGUAGCGAAACUGAUUGCAAAAGAGGGGAAAUCGGCCACAUUAAAAUUACCUUCUGGGGAGGUCCGUUUGAUAUCCAAAAACUGCUCAGCAACGGUCGGACAAGUGGGGAAUGUUGGGGUGAACCAGAAAAGUUUGGGUAGAGCCGGAUCUAAGCGUUGGCUAGGUAAGCGUCCUGUAGUAAGAGGAGUCGUUAUGAAUCCUGUAGACCAUCCACACGGGGGUGGUGAAGGUAGGGCCCCAAUUGGGAGAAAAAAACCCACAACCCCUUGGGGUUAUCCUGCACUUGGGAGAAGAAGUAGAAAAAGGAAUAAAUAUAGUGAUAAUUUGAUUCUUCGUCGCCGUAGUAAAUAGGAGAGAAAAUAGAAUUUAUUUCUUCUUUUUUACAAAAAAAAAAAAAAAAUAGGAGUAAGCUGUGACACGUUCACUAAAAAAAAACCCUUUUGUAGCAAAUCGUUUAUUAAGAAAAAUUGAUAACCUUAACACAAAAGCAGAAAAAGAAAUAAUAAUAACUUGGUCUCGGGCAUCUACCAUUAUACCCACAAUGAUCGGCCAUACCAUUGCUAUCCAUAAUGGAAAGGAACAUUUACCUAUUUAUAUAACCGAUCGUAUGGUAGGCCACAAAUUGGGAGAAUUUGCACCUACUUUAAAUUUCCGAGGACACGCAAAAAGCGAUAAUAGAUCUCGUCGUUAAGAAAAGAAAGUAAAAAAAAAGAUAUAUGCUUAUAAUUCAUUAGUAGGAGGCAAUUUUUCUAUUUAUGUUAAAGAAGUUAACGAAGAUAAAAACCGAAGUAUACGCUUUAGGUCAACAUAUAUCUAUGUCUGCUCACAAAGCAAGAAGAGUGGUUGAUCAAAUUCGUGGACGGUCAUACGAAGAAACACUUAUGAUACUAGAACUCAUGCCUUAUCGCGCAUGUUAUCCCAUUUUGAAAUUGGUUUACUCUGCAGCAGCAAAUGCUAAUUACAAUAUGGAUUCCAACGAAUCCAAUUUAGUUAUUAGUAAAGCUGAAGUCAGCGAGGGUACUGCCACGAAAAAAUUAAAACCUCGAGCUCGAGGGCGUAGUUUUACGAUAAAAAGACCUACUUGCCAUAUAGCUAUUGUAGUGAAAGAUAUAUCAUUAGAUGAAUAUCAAUAUCUAGGGGUAGACUUUAUAGACUCUUUCAGAUGCUCAAAAAAACUUCAAUCAAAAAAGAAGUAUACAGCUAUGUCAUAUCAUGAUAUGUAUACUAAUGGGGGGAUAUGGGACAAAAAAUAAAUCCACUUGGUUUCAGACUUGGUACAACCCAAAGUCAUCAUUCCCUUUGGUUUACACAACCAAAAAAUUAUUCCGAAGGUCUACAAGAAGAUCAAAAAAUAAGAGAUUUUAUUAAGAAUUAUGUACAAAAAAAUCUGAAAA